AUGAGCUUCGACGACCUCGAGCCACAGCCUGCAGACCCGGCAGUCCUCGCACGAGCGCUCCUCGACAAGGUCGCCUCGUCGAGCGGCGACGGCGAGCGACCACCUCGUCGCUACCUCGUCGCACUCGCAGGCAUCCCCGGCUCGGGCAAGAGCACCUUCUCCGCCAAGCUCCUCGACCACCUCAACUCGUCCUCCGCCUCCUCCUCCUCGCCGCCCGCCGUCAUCCUCCCCAUGGACGGCUUCCACCGCACCCAAGCCGAGCUCGCAGCCGACCCAGACCCAGAGCUGUCCUUCCGCCGACGAGGCGCCCCCUUCACCUUUGCGCCCGACAAGCUCCUCGACCUCGUGCGCCGCCUGCGCACCGACGAGCGCCUCGCGGCCCCGGCCUUCUCGCACGCCGACAAGGACCCGGUCGACGGCGCGAUCACGAUCGAGCCGCACCACCGCAUCGUCGUCGUCGAGGGCAACUACCUCCUCCUCGACGAGCCCGUGUGGACCGACGUCUCGCGCGAGAUGGACGAGCGGUGGUUCUACAGCGUGCCCGAGGACGUCGCCCUCAGGCGCAUCAUCAAGCGCCACGUCCAGGCCGGCCUCGCGCCAGACGAGCAGGCGGCCGAGGCCAAGGCGCUCGAGAACGACGUCCUGAACGGGCGCCACUGCGUCGCCCACAUGCUGCGGCCGGACCGCAUCCUCGAGGAGAUAGACCACGCCGUGCAAUAG